CACAUCACUAUGGUUAGAUUGUGUGUGAUCUGCGGAAACGUCGACGGUGUUGAUGGAGUUUCGUGUUACAAUAAAUUUAUUAACAACUCAUACUAGACUUACACUAAAACUACUCAUAAUGUAAUGGUUAAAUUAGGUCUUGAUUAUGAAGGAGAAACCCUGGAGAAACACAACAUCGUCGUCGUCUGUUCUCAAGAGCGGUGCCAUCUUUAGUAGUUCAACCAUUCCUUGAGAUUGCGGCUCCAGGCUGGAAGCGGAAGUGGCAGUACCGGUAACAACGGGAUGGAGAUAAAAGUUGUCGAAGUCCAAGUGGAAGAUGUAAUGAUGGACCUAGCUGAAGAAGAAAUGCUACGAGAGGAAGUGGUACAAGAUGACAUUGAGUAUGUGGAUUUACUUCCUACUGACGUAGAGGCAGAAUUUGAAUUCAGGGAUGCACUUGACGUUUUACUACCAAACGUCAAUGAAGAAUUCGUACCGAUUCCUCCUGUUGUACCAAGAGCACAUGCGCCCAUGAGAGACCAUCUGGCUGGCAUUUGGCACUGUGGUUCCCGCCAUUUCUCCUGCGAGUGUACUUCAACGGGUCAUUUUUCUACGUGUUGCAAUAACGGUUCAAAUGGCUGUCAUAGGAGAUCGUGUUAUGAGUCCACCACCAGAGUUAUUAAUUCGUUUGUUGGUGGAUGAUUCGGAGGUAGCAAAACACUUUCGGAAAGAAAUCCGCCGGUACAACAACACUCUGGCAUUUGCGGCUUUC